AGUGUUUUAAUUGCUUAUUUUGAAUUAAAAUUAAAAAAAUAAAAUAAACAUUUAAAUAUGCCGGAAGCUAAUUUUGGUUUGUUGUAUUCGUACACGCCGGAACCGCCAAAAAAACCACCGGUUAUUAAAGUAUCGUGCGGUAUCGGUGAUACCGAUGGUUUUCCCGCCUUCGAUACUGAUUCUGAUGCAUACGCAAGUAAAGAUGAUUCAAAGUGGGGUUUCCUUAUAACUGGCGGAGCAGAGUUUCAUAUGCCGUUGACAGUUUUUCAGGUUACCCCAGACGGUUUAGCUGACAAGAGCGGCAUACGUUUGGGUGAUAUUAUUCUUGAAAUAAACGAAGAAGACGCCACACAAUUAACGCUUGCCCAGGCACACGAAAAAAUUGACGCCGCAGGCAAAAAAAUACAUUUUCUAGUGAAAAGCAUGGAUGAUGACGAUAACUUGAAUGGCAAUGAACCUGGCGAAGAAAAAUCUAUUGUUUUGCGUGUACCGAAACCGCCACCGCCACCAAAAGGUUGGUCUUAAAUAUUUUUCC